AGAAAACAUCGAUGACGCCAAUCGAUAUUUCUCCAUCGGCUAACCGGCUCGUUUUUUGAUGAAUUAUUGAAAUAUAUUAUAUAAGGAUAAAUAAGGAUGAUGCGGAGUGUUAUCAAUCAAAUGCUGGGCCUCAGGCUUAGUACGACAGGCUGCAGUGUGACGAUUAACCAGGUGCGCGAAAAGGGCCACCUGAGCAGACCGCGACUCCGGAAUCCCCAGUGGUUUCUGCGCAAGGAGGUCACCAAAUACGAUGACCUGAUGACAGCGGAAAACAAGCAGUUUGUCAAUGAAUUGGGCAGUGAUAACUUUGGCGUUCCCGCUCUGAAAAAGGAGACUCUGGUCAGGACCAAGGAAUCCUCAGCAAAUGAGGCGGCCGUUUGGACGCCGAGCAUCCGGAGGUGCGGCCUUAUAGCCCGCAAAAUAGGCCAGUAUCCGCUGUGGCUGAAGAACGGCGAGCGGAUUCGCACCACGCUGCUGCAGAUUGCCGACAACCAUGUGAUCAGGUACAUUCCUCCCGAGGAAUAUGUGCCCGCCCAGCGGCCCAACGUCCACAAUCUGCACAAGCGCGGCUGCCUGCUCGUUGGCUCCGAGACCACGAAUCCGGCUCUGCUGACCAAGGAGUACGCGGGAUUGUUCCGCGACUCGGGUGUUCUGCCCAAGAAGAACCUGGCAAGAUUCAUCGUCUCACCGGAGGCCCAACUGGAGCCGGGAACUCCGCUGAGCGUGAAUCACUUUGGCAUCGGCGACUUUGUUGAUGUGCGCGGCAAAACCGUUGAUCAUGGCUUCCAGGGCGUGGUGAAGCGUCACGGCUUCAAGGGCAUGCCCGCCUCGCACGGCGUGACGAAGACACAUCGGCGUGCCGGCAACAUUGGCGGCGGUGGCGAAAAGGGACGCGUCUGGCCGGGCACCAAGAUGCCCGGUCAUAUGGGCAAUCGGUGGCGCGUCAUCAAGGGACUGCGUGUGUGGCGGAUAAACUCGAAGUACAACGUCAUGUGGGUGCAGGGCAGCUCGGUGCCCGGGCCCACCGGCGGCCUGGUCUACAUAUACGAUACGAUCCUGCCGCUGCGAAAGAACAAGGAGGCCCCGCCAUUCCCCACGUUCUACGGCGAAACGGAGCAGGCCACCGAUGAUGUGUGGUACGAGAAGGUGCACAAUUUCAAGAACGAGUCUAUAACAUAUGAAACCGAAUAAUAAUUAGGGCGUAGGGUAUUAUAGAGAGCUAAUUUGUUGUUUUGAAAAUAAAAGAAAUUAAUUUUAUA